AAUCGAGAUUCUUGAUUGGACCACGCAGAAUAAACUCGUGAAUUGGCGCAGGUUAGAAGGAGGUCAAGCCAUCCGCGUCAGGCUUGUUUUUCUUUAACCUGCUCGCGACUCUAAAAUAUCAGAGGCCAUUGCGGAUAAAUCAUUUGGAAAUUUCCACCAUUUGUUGCUGCGAGGCCAUCUUCAUCUUUCUUGCUCUUGUUUAUAAUUUUUUUUUCCUCGCAGCAUCUGUUCCCAAUUUCCUUGGAAGUAGCUUGCCCGGGAAAUUUCUUCAAUUUCCAGGAAGUUGGGAAUUCCAGGAGCAAUCAGAGUUCUUUAGGACGUUGAGUGACGUGCUGAUGGAUGAUUUAUGGAUUCUGCCCCGAAUAUGAUGAGCUAUUUUGUGGACUUCUGCGUUCCCCUAUAAAAACUUUCUGCUACGUCGAUACACUAGCUUUGGGUUAAAUGAUCUACUGGUUUCGAUCUGGGAUAUGAUAUUUUGCUCAUUGCCUGACCUCCUACUUCAUUUCAAUAAUGGCCUAUCUAGGUUCAAUGCAGCUGUCUCACGACAUUAUGGCCUACGAUAAUAGGGGAUGCUGCAGUUUUCAUCGUAAACCAACGGGCGUUGGUCGAUUACAUUUGGUUACCAUCAAUCUUUUGCCUUAUGCUUUGAGGCGGGAUUCUUUAGCUCUCCAUCUUUUAAGUAAAGUACAUGCCCCACUAAGGCCCGUUCCUACAAGAUGUAAUGUUUUAUUGUGUCGUUCCAUAUUGACGCCAGGCGGAGGGAGUUGGACCCCACUAUUGAAAUCUGCUUCUGUCAUCUUUAAAAGAUCAUAUGAUGCUUUGCAAGGAAGCCCUGUCACAACUCAGUUGAUGCCAGCCCUUGGUGUCAUUGUCUUUGCUGUUUGUGGUCUUGAGCCUCUUUUGCGUCUAUGCAGGAUUAUAUUUCUCCAAAGGAAUGAUAAUAGUUGGAAGAAAAGUAGUUCACGUUAUGUUAUGACUUCUUAUUUUCAGCCUUUGCUGCUGUGGACUGGGGCUAUGCUCAUCUGCAGGGCAUUAGAUCCACUAAUCCUACCAUCAGAAGCCAGCCAGGCAGUGAAGCAACGGCUGCUGAAUUUUGUGAGAUCUUUGUCAACUGUGCUUUCAUUUGCUUACUGUUUAUCAAGCGUGAUUCAACAAGCACAAAAAUUCUUUAUGGAGGCGAAUGAAUCCAGUGAUGCAAGAAAUAUGGGCUUUGAUUUUGCGGGGAAAGCUGUAUAUACUGCUGUCUGGGUUGCUGCCGUAUCAUUGUUCAUGGAGCUUCUAGGUUUUUCCACACAGAAGUGGGUAACUGCUGGUGGUUUGGGUACAGUAUUGCUCACACUAGCUGGCCGUGAGAUAUUUACAAACUUCCUUUCCAGUGUAAUGAUUCAUGCAACCCGGCCAUUUGUUGUAAAUGAGUGGAUUAAAACCAAGAUUGAAGGAUAUGAGGUUUCUGGUAUAGUAGAGCAUGUAGGUUGGUGGUCACCAACAAUUGUGAGAGGUGAUGAUCGUGAAGCAGUCCAUAUUCCUAAUCACAAGUUCACUGUCAACGUCGUGCGGAAUCUUACACAGAGAACUCAUUGGCGUAUCAAGACUCACCUUGCUAUUAGUCACUUGGAUGUUAACAAGAUUAAUAAUAUUGUUGCUGAUAUGCGCAAAGUUUUGGCCAAAAAUCCUCUGGUGGAGCAACAAAAGUUGCACAGAAGGGUUUUUCUUGAGCAUGUCAAUACUGAAAAUCAGUCUCUUAUGAUAUUAAUAUCUUGCUUUGUUAAAACUUCACAUUUUGAAGAAUACCUCUGUGUCCAGGAGGCCAUCCUUUUGGAUCUUCUGAGAGUUAUUAGUCAUCAUCGAGCCCGGCUAGCCACCCCCAUCCGCACAGUCCAGAAAAUAUACAGUGAGGCUGACUUGGAAAACAUACCAUUUGGCGACACCAUUUUUACACGCCCCAGAUCAGCAGGAAAUCGCCCAUUUCUACUGAUAGAGCCACCUUACAAAGUUAAUGGUGAAGAUAGAGCCAAGGCUUCUACUCGUUCAACACGUCCAAGUGAAGAAAAGGAUGCCAAAAGUGAUGAAACAUUAUCUGAUUCCAAAGAUGACAGUUUUGCUGCAACAUCAACAUCCAGUCCAAACUCCAGGGAUAAAUCAAAGUCAAUCUCUGAAGCACAAACACAGAAUAUGGGUUCUGAUAGUACCGUCCAGAAGACAUCCAAAACCACGCAGCCCAAAAAGGAAAGUGCCGGAGAUGCAGGAAAGGGGAUUGCUUCCCCUGUAAAUAAAGAUGUUGCUCAAAGUUCGGCCCCUGAAAAUUCUUCUGCUUCUUCCCUUGAGCCUGGGGGAAGGGGAGACACCACUCCUGCUACAUCUUUACAGGCAAAGCAGGACGAAGACAAAUAUGCUGUAUCCUCCUCACCAGCCAGGCCGGCCUUGGAAGAAAAUAUUGUUCUUGGUGUUGCCCUAGAGGGCUCAAAAAGAACUCUUCCGAUUGACGAAGAGAUGACUCCACCUCCAAUCCCCACAGAGGCACAGGAAUUUGCAGCCCAAAGAAAUGGAAAUGGACCUGCUAGCAAGGAUAAAAAGGAUGGUCAAAUUUCUACCAAGCAGCCGAGUGACUAGUUGGACUCCCGUUGUAGAUGCUGAUGUUCAAGCAUGUGCCUUAGAUCCAGCCAUUUUUUAGAAGCUGGCAUUGUUGUGCAUUGAAUUACCGAUAGCUGAUUGACCGUGUAUGUACAUAAUUGUUGAUUCAAGGGAUGGAUGCCAAUAAGAAAUCCAGAAUCUUUUGCCCUCUUC